GGGUGAGAGCUGUCAGUGUUCGUGGGAGAGGAGGAGUGGAAGGAAUCGGUCCAGCAUCUCUGGAGCGGCGGAGCGACGUGGAGGACGGAGACAGGCAUCGGCUCAAAAUAUGAGGACAUCUCCAGCUCAAAGCGUGGAUGUUUAAGGAGGUGGAGGUUUAGAGACUGACCCUCCUCGGCGGCCGUAGACCAGCGCGCACAUCUGACUUUUAUUCUCCACAUCGAUGAGAUAUGCGGAGAGGCUCUACCGCCCGCUGGUAACGCAGAAAAACACAAGAUGAAGAAGCAGUUCAACCGGAUGAGACAGCUCGCCAACCAAACUGUGGGCAGGGCUGAAAAAACAGAAGUAUUAAGUGACGACCUACUACAGGUGGAGAAACGUCUGGAGCUGGUGAAGCAGGUGUCUCACAGCACGCACAAGAAGCUGACGGCGUGUCUGCAGGGCCAGCAGGGCGUGGACGUGGACAAGAAGUCGGUCAGGUCGCCCUCGAAGAAGCUUCCUCUCACAACACUAGCACAAUGUAUGGUGGAGGGGGCGGCGGUGCUCGGGGACGAGUCUCUCCUCGGGAAGAUGCUGAAGCUGUGCGGAGAGACGCAGGACAAACUGGCUCACGAGCUCCUGCUGUUCGAGCUCACCAUCGAGGGGGACGUGGUGGAGCCGCUGUACGACCUCGCAGAGGUGGAAAUCCCAAAUAUCCAGAAACAGAGGAAGCACUUAGCCAAGCUGGUCCUGGACAUGGACUCAGCGCGCACACGGUUUUAUCAGUCCACCAAGUCUUCAGGACUCUCCAGGGACCUGCAGCCAUCGGGAGCAAAGGCCGACCACCUCCGGGAGGAGAUGGAGGAGGCAGCCAACCGCAUGGAGAUCUGUAGGGAUCAGUUAUCAGCAGACAUGUACAGUUUUGUGGCCAAAGAAAUCGACUAUGCAAGCUACUUCCAGACGCUGAUAGAAGUCCAGGCCGAAUACCACCGGAAGUCGUUAGAGCUGCUUCAGAGCGUGUUGCCACAGAUCAAAGCUCAUCAGGAGACCUGGGUGGAGAAGCCCUGCUACGGGAAGCCAUUAGAGGAGCACUUAGCGCUCAGCGGGAGAGAUAUUGCCUUCCCCAUCGAGGCCUGUGUCACCAUGCUGCUGGAGUGUGGCAUGGAGGAGGAGGGUUUGUUCAGAGUCGCUCCUUCGGCCUCCAAGCUGAAGAAGCUGAAGGCGUCUUUGGACUGCGGCGUGCUAGACGUUCAGGAGUAUUCUGCGGACCCGCACGCCAUCGCAGGAGCUCUGAAGUCGUACCUGCGGGAGCUCCCCGAGCCGCUAAUGACGUAUGAGCUCUACGAGGACUGGAUCCAGGCCUCCAAGUCCGUACCGCCCCGCUUCCUCCCCGGUGUCGGCAGAUCGGUGACGGGAGGACGCGUCGAGCUCUUGGUCAAUUCAUUUCAUUUUAAAUCAUUUUUCUGUAUCUGUAUUUCCAGAUAUUUGAUCAAAUUCCUCUCCAAGCUGACCGAAUACCAGGACUUUAACAAGAUGACGCCUGGAAACAUCGCCAUCGUCCUCGGACCGAACCUGCUGUGGAUGCGCGACGAAGGCAACAUCACUGAGAUGAUGACCACGGUUUCGCUGCAGAUCGUUGGCAUCAUUGAGCCCAUCAUCCAACACGCCGACUGGUUCUUCCCCGGAGAAAUUGAGUUCAACGUCACAGGGAACUACGGCAGCCCGGUCCACGCCAACCACAACGCCAACUACAGCUCCAUGCCGUCACCGGAUAUGGAGCAGGUGGAGCGGAAACAGAACGACCAGAGCCGACGACCGCUCAGCGUCGCCACGGACAACAUGAUGCUGGAGUUCUACAAGAAGGACGGCAUUAGGAAGAUUCAAAGCAUGGGUGUCAGGGUGAUGGACACUACAUGGGUGUCGCGCCGGGGCUCGUCUUCCUCGCGUAAAUGCUCUUCCACGCCCCCGAGCGUACACCCCCCCCUCCCGCCCACCGACGGGCUCGUCGCCGAGCAGCCCGGGGAUUUCUCUGCCUGCCCCUCCCCCGCCCCUCCUCCCACUAACAGCGACCGAGCCAGCUCCGACGAUGCGUCCUCCAAUUGGUCGGACUCCUGUUACGUCUACCCCUCUCCCGAGGAGGAGAGGCCGCCUCCCCCUUACCCCUCUUCCUCCUCAUCCUCCUCCUCCUCCUCUUGCUCGUCCCACUCGCUCCCCCACCAACAUCUCUACACCCGAGCACCUCCGUAUAUGCGCCCCGUCGCCCCCAACCCCGAGUCCGUGGCUCUCGGCCCGUCCCCUCACUCACGCCGCUGUGGUCACAGUCUCCCCCCGCUCUCUCACCCCCUCUGGGCUGGUUCCGCUGUGGGGCCUCCCAGAAACAAAAGGCGCUGCCUUAUAGAUAGGACCACAUGUGGUUAUAACCACCACGACCUUUUCCUGGGCUCCCCCAAGCCCCCCAACAUCCCCCUGUCUGCUCCCCCUCCACGGGCAGCUUGUGCCUGUAGCCGGGAGAGAGGAGCCAUGCCGACUAGCACUCUGAAGAACAAGGAGCUGUCUCCAGUGAUCGGACAGAAGGGACUCCACGGGACGAUGGCCUCCUGUGGACAGUCUGACCACAGCCCUCACACCCUGAGGAGAGCAAAGAAGCUGGCCCCGAUCCCCCCCAAAGUCCCGUACUGCCAGUCGGGAGCCAUGUCCGACCAGUCGACGGGUCAGCCCUCCCCGGUCAGCCUGUCGCCCACCCCCCCCAGCACCCCGUCCCCGUACAGCUUCAGCUACCCGCAGGGAUACGCCACCAUCGGCUCCCCGGGGGGGAUCCAGAUGGCCGCCGCCCCGUCCCUCUCCUCGCCGCCCUCGCUGGCCGGGACCCUGACCAAGGCUCGGCCGACCCCCAAGCCGCCGCGGCAGAGGCCCAGCUUGCCCCCGCCCCAGCCGCCCGGCACGCCCGGCACUAGUCCCCAGCCUCUGGACCACUCGACGGGCCUCCUGGAGGGUUUGUCUCCCGGGGAGAGCAUGUCCACAGAUUCUCUCUGCAACCUGGACAUCCCCUUCAUCAACCUGGACCUGGACGGUAUUUUUGACUUGGCCCACAUCUCCACCUUGAGGAACUCAUUGGCACUGUUUGGAUCCACCAACAACGGGGCGGAGCCGGAGGAGGAGCCAGAGAGCACAGUGCUAUGACGUCACAGAUGAAUCCCCCCAUCAGCUGAUUAAAUGAAACGCCACAAUCUAGUUCAUUGACCUUUCACCUCUCAAGCUGGUUUACCUCAGCCUCACAUUUACUAGAUCCGGAAGGGUCCGCUAAUAAAAACUUUUAAGAGAGCAACAAAAAAUACACAACGAAAAGAAAUCAUACAAGGGAGCUCCGAGACUUAAUUUGACAUUUUAUGCUGGCUGUUUUUUUUUAUUUAUUUGAAUUUAGUGUUUCUUUUUUUGCCUUAUUCGACUCUCACUUGCAAUAUUGCCUUUAAACGUGACGCGUGAGACCGGAGACGGGCUGCAGGGAGGAUCGAAGGCUCCCUGCGGCUUUUCACCAGUGAGUUUUAAAGAAGGAAGAACGCGCCCCCCCCCCCCCCCCCC